CUUGGUCUUUGGAGGUUUUUAUGGGCAGCAGAUGCCUGGUGACUUUUAGAAAUGGACUUGGGCAAUAGGAACCCCCUAAGCCAAUGUGCCCAUACAUUGUUUUUCCCCAAACCAGGAUUUCUGAUUCCCAAACCUUGGCUGGAUGGAGGAGGAGGAGGCUGAGAGGAAGAGGAAGAUGUCCAGGGAUCUCCAGGCAGAGCAGGAGCUGAGGAUGGAGCCCAGGGAGGACAAAUCCCCAUGGCAGAACCACAUGGAAGAGGCCGUUUUGAGUGGCUCCAGGGCACAGGAACCCAAUAAGGAGGAAAAGCCCCAGAGAUCCCGCAGGAGGAGGGGCUGCAAACCCAGCCCAGGUUGCUCUGAGGAGGAAAGACCCACCCUGUGCCAGGAAGGUGGACAGAGCUCCAGCCAGAGCUUGGAGCUGGUGGUCCAUGAGCAGCUUCAUGAUGGGGAGAAGCCCUACAAGUGCUUGGAGUGUGGGAAGAGCUUCAGGCGGAGCACCCACCUGAUCCAGCACCAGAUGAUCUACACCGGGAAAUGGCCCUACGAGUGUGGGGAGUGUGGGAAGGGCUUCACCUUCAAAUCCAACCUUGUCAUCCACCAAUGCAUCCAUAUUGGGGAGAGGCCCUAUGAGUGUGCCCAGUGUGGGAAGAGGUUUCAGACCAGCUCCCAUCUCCUCCUGCAUGAGCGGAUUCACACGGAGGAGAGGCCCUUCCGCUGCCCUGACUGUGGAAAGGGCUUCAAGCAAAACUCCGCCCUUGUCAGGCACCAUCGCCUCCACAGCGGGGAGAGGCCCUACGAGUGCCCCACAUGUGGGAAGAGCUUCACUCAGAGCUCUCACUUGACCCAACAUGAAUGGAGGCAGCUGUAA